AUGAGAAACUCUUUCCUUUACGGCCUCUUGGCCGCUCCAGCUUCUGUUUAUGCUGUUGCCCUUACCGGCUAUGAGUACAUCGUUGUUGGUUCUGGUGCUGGUGGUGGUCCUCUGGCCGCUCGUCUCGCUCUGGCUGGUCACAAGACUCUUCUCAUCGAGGCUGGUGAUGACUACAACUCGGUCAACUACACAGUCCCUGCCUACUCUGCCAACGCCUCUGAGGACCCUGAGAUUUCCUGGAACUUUUUUGUGCAUCACUACGCCGAUGACGCACGACAGGCCCGCGACUACAAGGCCACCUACGAGACUCCUGAUGGCGGCGAGUACACCGGUCUCAACCCUCCCAAGGGCUCCAAGCUCAAGGGAACUUUGUACCCCCGUACCCAGGCUCUGGGUGGAUGCACAGCUCACAACGCUCUGAUUGCUGUGUACCCUCACCAGUCUGACUUUGAGUACAUCGCUUCUCUUACCGGCGAUGAGUCUUGGUCUGCCGAGAACAUGCGCAAGUACUUUGUCAAGAUGGAGGAGAACCGACACCUGCCCGCUGGUCAAGACGGCCACGGCUACGAUGGCUGGUUCAGCACCGAGACUGCUCCUCUCAGUAUUCCUCUUGGUGAUGAGCAGCUCCUUAGCAUCCUCAGCGGCGGUGCUGUUGCUCUGAGCGAGGUCAGUGGCAGCAACAUCACCAUGGACGACCUCAUUGCCGGCGAUGCCAACGCCAACACUGCCGCUCGCGACAAGAACCCUGGAUACUACCAGAUUCCCCUGUCUUCUCGUGAGGCUAGCCGUAUCGGACCCCGUGAGUUCAUUCUCUCUGUCCGAGAUGCCGCCUUUGAGAACGGCACCAAAAAGUACCCUCUCGACGUUCGAACCAACUCCUAUGUCACCAAGGUUACCUUUGAUGACUCCAAGCCUCCUCGUGCUACCGGUGUUGAGUUCCUUGACGGCAAGCACCUUUACAAGGCCAGCCCUCUCUCCACCGGCGCCGCCGGCAAGGAAGGCAGUGCCACCGCUUCUCGUGAGGUUAUCGUCGCCGGAGGUGUCUACAACACUCCCCAGAUCCUCAAGCUCAGUGGUGUUGGCCCUGCCGCCGAGCUGAAGAAGUUCAACAUCCCCGUCAUCUCUGAUCUUCCUGGUGUUGGAACCAACCUCCAGGAUCAUUAUGAAAUCACUAUGCAAGGUCGCCCUGCCGAGAACUUCACCGCAUUCGAUGGAUGCACUUUCAGCCUCUUCACCGAUGAGGACCCUUGCCUUGACCGCUGGAGGGCCCCUGUCGAUGGUGACCACGGCAUUUACUCCUCCUCUGGUCUCGCUGCUGCCAUGUUCUACAAGAGCACUGCUACUGCCAAGGACGAGUUUGAUGUGUUUGCUUUCGGUGGCCCCGUCAACUUCCGAGGUUACUUCCCCCAGUAUGCCGUCAACGCUACUAUCGAGCACGACUGGUUCUCUUGGGCCAUCCUCAAGGCUCACCCCCGCAACACUGCUGGCGAGGUCACUCUUCGCUCUGCCGAUCCCCUUGAUGUCCCUGACAUCGUCUUCAACUACUUUGACACCGGUAGUGGAGAGUCUUCCAAGGAUCUCCAGGCCCUGUACGAAGCCGUUGAGCUCGCCCGCAAGGCCUUUGCCAGCCAGGCUGUCCCCAUCACCGAGGUCCUCCCCGGCAAGGAUGUCACCGCCCAGGAGGACAUUGAGACCUACAUCAAGGACACCGCUUGGGGUCACCACGCCUCUUCCACCUGCCCCAUUGGUACUGACGAUGACCCUAUGGCUGUUCUUGACUCCAAGUUCCGCGUGCGUGGCGUUGCUGGCCUCCGUGUCGUUGAUGCUUCCGUGUACCCCCGUAUCCCCGGUACUUUCACUGCCGUGUCUACGUACAUGGCUGCCGAGAAGGCUGCUGAUGAUAUCUUGGCUGCUUUGGAGGAAUAA